CCUCCCCCCACACCUCAAGUUUCGGCCCUGCUGGGAUUUGUAUGGCAGCGGCGUAACCGUGGAGAGGCCAGGGUAUCACAAACUUAUGGAUUUUGAUAAGAGAGGAGGGAAAGGGGAAAACGAAGAAGGCAGAAGGAUGUCUAAAACAGGCGGCAUCAAAAACACGCACGGAGGCCGAACGGCAGGGACCAACUCGGGAGUCUUAAUGGUGGGCCCAAAUUUUCGAGUCGGGAAGAAGAUUGGGUGUGGGAACUUUGGGGAGCUUCGUCUAGGGAAGAACCUUUAUACGAACGAAUACGUCGCAAUCAAGUUGGAACCUAUCAAAUCCAGAGCUCCACAACUCCACCUGGAAUAUCGAUUCUACAAACAGCUCGGCAAUGCAGAAGGGAUCCCUCAGGUCUACUACUUCGGCCCCUGCGGGAAGUACAACGCCAUGGUCUUGGAACUGCUGGGCCCCAGCCUGGAAGACCUCUUUGACCUGUGUGACCGGACGUUCACUCUCAAGACUGUCCUCAUGAUCGCCAUCCAACUGAUCACGCGGAUGGAGUACGUUCACACCAAAAGCCUGAUCUACAGAGACGUCAAGCCGGAGAACUUCCUGGUGGGGCGUCCCGGAAGCAAGCGCCAGCACACCAUUCACAUCAUCGACUUUGGCCUGGCCAAAGAGUACAUUGAUCCAGAGACCAAAAAACACAUCCCGUACCGAGAACACAAAAGUCUAACAGGGACAGCGCGGUACAUGAGCAUCAACACACACCUGGGGAAAGAACAAAGCCGCAGAGAUGACCUGGAAGCAUUAGGCCACAUGUUCAUGUACUUCCUCCGCGGGAGUCUGCCCUGGCAAGGCCUCAAGGCGGACACGCUGAAGGAGCGGUAUCAGAAGAUUGGCGAUACUAAAAGAGCCACACCAGUCGAAGUGCUCUGUGAAAACUUCCCGGAAGAGAUGGCCACGUACCUCCGCUACGUGCGGCGUCUGGAUUUCUUUGAGAAGCCGGACUACGAUUACCUUCGGAAGCUCUUCACUGACCUGUUCGACCGGAACGGCUAUGUCUUCGAUUAUGAAUAUGAUUGGGCCGGAAAGCCCUUACCCACCCCCAUUGGCACAAUCCAGAGCGAUGUACAAGUCCAGCCUCCGAACAGGGAGAAAGCACAGCAGUACAUCAAACAGCAGCAGUCACCCGAGGGGACGGAGUUUUGGGAUUCCCAGCCUGGCCACCAGCCUGCUGAGGAGCCUCUAGGAACUCAUCUGGCAACCAGCAGGCUUGGGGGUUCUGUACAGGUCAUGAGUUCUACCAACGGAGAACUGAACACAGAUGACCCCACUGCCGGCCAUUCGAACGCCCCCAUCACCGCCCCUGCUGAGGUUGAGGUGACGGACGACACAAAGUGUUGCUGUUUCUUCAAGAGGAGGAAGAGGAAAACCAUUCAGCGCCACAAGUGAAAUACUCCCGUUGGCCAAGGCUAGGACCCGUUCAGGACUGCGGUUUCCCCCCCCCCCCUCCUUUUACUUCCUGGCUGUGGAUAAUGGAUCUUGAUUCCUUGAUUGGAUGGGGAACAGGCUUCUCUCUUCCUCUGCUCCGGUUUUACUAGUGGGCGGGGCGCAAGCCCCUUUGACUCUGUUGGUGGGGGUUCAGCCCAGCCCCCCCCCAGCCCCCCAGGACCGGUUGUUUGGUGUCCCCUUCCUCGCAAGAGACACAGAGUUGAGGAGCCUUUGGCAGGAAAAGCGAAAAGCCCGCUGGACCUUCCUUGUUGACGGUGCCCACGUCCUCCUCCUCGUCCAAUCCACCGUGGGGGGGGGGGGAAGCAUUAACUAUUUAUGCAACAGCCCCUUCCACUCGUCCGUUUUCUCUCUCCCCCCCUCCUUUCACCACUUUGGUUUUGUUGAAUAGCUUUUUUUGGGGUGGAGGGGGGAAGAAAACAAAAAAUGGGAAUCAAUUAGAUGCGUUUACCUUUAGAAGAAGCAAAGCGAGGAUCCUGAGAAAACCGGCUGCAAACAUUUCCCCCUUCCUGCCGCUGUGUCCUUGUCUCUUAAGUUAAUUUAAAAAUGGCAUCGUAGCCCUUGUACCUGGACCGUGGGGGCAGAAUUCCCCCCCCCCGGUUUCUUUUUUGUAGCGAUGCAAAAAUCUCUUUGUCUUUUCUUUUCUUAAAAGGGUCUCCUGUUUGCUUUCUCCACCCUCUUUGCCCUCUCCUACGUCUCCGUUCCCCUCCGGGCCAUGCCAACGUUCUGUUGGGGAGGGGGGGAAGGAGAGCUCCCUUUCUCCAGCCCGGUGGGGGAGGCACAAUGCGGUGCAUGCGUGUGUACAGGGGAGCGGGGUGGGGCAGCUUGUUUACACUCUCCCCCCCUCCCCCCCCGCCGACCCAAUUUCUCAAUGCACUUUUUGUAGCAAUACAAGCGACAUCUGUGUCUUGAAACGAUCAGAUUUUUUUAGACGUUUGUUUGGAAAGGAAACUAGAAACUAUUAAAACGAGUCGCUCGUAGGAUCAGGGCAGGACAAGGGCCGAAAAGUCUUGGAUCUCAGGAACAGUUGCCAGCCACUGCUAAAACAACUGGGAGAAAGGGGACGCAGCCGCUCUGACCAAAGUGAAACCGGAACGGACAAUGCCGCCGUGUAAGGUUAGGCUGAAAAGCAAUUUCCCUGGGCCACCCAGAGCGUAUGGGGGCAGCUUGCUAACCCUUUUCCCUUUGUGGGGGGGAUCUACAAUGGCGGCUAUGGGGUACAGUCCUCUGGUUGUGCCCCCCACCCACCCACCCGGCACCCUUUCAUGGAAACGAGUCAGCGAGGACUGUGUAAGCCUCCGUUCGCAGGGUGGGACAACUUUCAAAUGCAUUGUGUGAGGACAAUCCACCCUCUUUCUUUCUUUUUUUAACGUUCUUCCUCAAACACAGCGACGCUCCCAGCCGCCAGCCAGGUUGGCAGCUGAACGCAGAGCCGCUUCGUGGCCGUCGCCGGAACGGAACUGCCCGGGACGUUAAAGCGCUCUGGUUCUGGCCACGCGGAAAGUUUUUUCAAAUUCCCCCCAACCAAACUGCGUUUGGUUGAGGAAGCUGCCGCGGGGGGGAUGUGAGGCCCGUUCCUUAUUUUUGUACGGUGGGGUGGAGAAGCACAGUCCCCCCCCACCCCACCGGUGAUUCCCUCUCCAAGCGUGGGCAAGCGUUUCUGUUUUAGGGGGUGGGGGGUGGGUUACCCCAAAAGAACUGAAAGGCAUUUGACAGCUUGAUGCACCUCCGAUAAAAAAAAAAUGUGCCUGGUCCGGCUGCAGCCCCUCGCUAGCACCUGAAUUUAUGUCCAUCUCUGCCCCUCUCCAACCAGCCAGGCCCGAAACCCGAGUGCGAAUUCAUCCCCGCCUGACGGCAGCAACGUUGCCAGUCACGGCUACUUCCCUUGGAAGGCAGGUGUGCCAUUGCUUCUUCAUAAGAGACUAAUAUUUUUAUAUAUAUAAAAAAGGGAUGGGUCCCAGAAUGGCAUGUUUCCCCCCCCUCCCCUCCCCCCACUUUACGUUACCAUCACGAGAUUUGGGGAAGGAUUGUACAUGGGUCAGGUGGGGGUGGGAGCACUUUGAUCUCUGCUGAACAAAACGCUUUGGGUGGAAUGAAGUAUAGCUGAAACAAACCAAAAGGUGGGGUGGGUGGGGGUCUUAAACGUUGGUCACGCACCCCACUAGUGCUAAAUUGUGUCUGCUUGGCUUCAUUCGCCCCUCGUGCUUAUGGGGUGAUUGCCUCCACCCCAGUGAGCUAGCCUCAUCCUAUUCAUUUCCUAGAACCAGAUUUGAACCUGUCCAGGCCUCUCACUUUGGGGUCGCAACAGAAGAGAGAUGGUAGAGAAUGUAAGACCCCCACCCCCUCAGCCUACUGACAAAGUUGGCACUUAUUUUCCAAGCCCCUCUGCCCUCUUUGACGGAAUGUUUUUGCGGCUCUUGGAAGGCGGAAGAAGAAAAGGGACUUAAAAAACAGAUUGUCUCACUCGAUUGGUCUUACAGCGGUGCCUCUGCUGUGUAAAGGAGAACCAAGAGGAGGUGAGGUGGGGUGCGGCAGAGAGGGAGGGAAGGUACCAGGGGAAAUCCUUGAUUCUGGUGACUUUCCACUAAAAUAGGUAUGUGCUUAGGUAUGUGCAAUGUUUGAACUUAUUCCCCAAACAGUGCAAAGAGAAAACAAAAAAAAAAAAAAUACAGCCUUAAAUGUUGUGCUGGAAAAAAAUGUAGUUCCAGUCCCAGGAAGGUGUAAAAGAAAUUUAAAAAAAAAAAAAUUAAAAAUGUUUAUGUAAAGAGUGCAUGAGCGUGCUUGGAUUACCAGUUGCAAUGUGGAUUUUUAUUUUUUAUUUUUAAUAAUGAAAGACAGACUUGGAAGGUUUUAAGGGACAACUGAAAACAAGUAAGUAUAUCUAUUGGGGUUCUCUGGUCUUCUGUUUGGGAUCCUGUUGGCAGGCUUGCAUCAAAAUGAAUCUGAAUAA